AUGAGCAACAUGUCGACUCACUCCAACAUGGAGCGUUUGGAGCCCGUCGAGUCGCCCGUUCGUCGAUCCGCCAUCGGCCACAGAUUCCAUGCUAUGUGGAAAGCUGUCGAUCGCUGCGACAAGCGAAUCUCCACGUCCACCUUUGGACGAAUCUUCAGACUCGAGGGAAGCGGCCAUCCUAAGGAGAUUCCCGAUACAUCAUUCUUUAGGGAGAUUCGCGCGGGAGUGACCACCUUUGCGACCAUGGCGUACAUCAUCGCUGUCAAUGCAAUCAUUCUCUCGCAGACAGGCGGAACUUGUGAGUGCGACUUGGUAAACAGAGCCGACUGCGACAACAUCGGCAGCUACAAGGCUUGCAAAGAGAAUGUUCGUCUUGACCUGAUCACUGCGACUGCUGCCAUCGCCGGCCUCGCUAGCUUCAUCUUUGGUUUCUUCACCAAUCUGCCAGUGGCCCUUGCUCCAGGCAUGGGCCUCAACGCAUACUUCGCUUUCCAGGUCGUCGGCCCCAACGGCUCAGGCAACAUUCCCUACCGUGUCGCCUUGACAGCAGUCUUCGUGGAGGGGCUCAUCUUCAUCGUCCUUGCUCUUACCGGAAUGCGCCAGUGGCUUGUUAAGCUCAUCCCCGCCACUAUCAAGACGGCAACCGGCGUCGGUAUCGGCUUCUUCUUGACGGAGAUUGGACUUUCUUAUUCGGCCGGAAUCGGUGCAAUUACUGGAGGCUGGAAGUCUACCCCGCUCGCCAUCGCCGGAUGCCCUGUUGAGAUGAUCGACCCGGACACCCAGAUGUGUGCUGGAGGUAUCAUGUCGAGCCCCAAGAUGUGGACGGCAAUCUUCGCUGGCGGCCUUGUCACGGCAUAUCUGAUGUCAUUCCGGGUCAAGUAUGCUCUCAUCAUGGGUAUUGCCCUGGUGUCCAUCUUAUCCUGGCCACGCAACACAUCCAUCACCUACUUCCCUUACAACGAGGAAGGCGAGAAUCGCUUCAACUUCUUCAAAAACGUCGUCACGUUCCAUCCAAUCCAGCACACCCUCAACGCCCUGGACUGGGAUGUCACAAAGAAUGGAUCGCAAUUCGCCCUGGCUCUCUUCACCUUCCUCUACGUCGACAUCAUUGACGCCACAGCCACGCUGUACUCCAUGGUCCGUUUCUGUGGCGUUGUCGACCCCAAGGACGGCGAUUUCCCUCGUUCUACCAUUGCCUAUUGCUGCGACGCGGCAUGCAUCUCCAUCGGCUCACUGUUCGGUUGUUCUCCAGUCACGGCCUUCAUCGAGAGCGGUGCGGGUAUUGCAGAAGGUGGCCGCACCGGACUGACAUCCAUGACCACCGGCCUUUGCUUCCUCGUCUCCAUCUUCUUUGCUCCCAUCUUUGCGUCUAUCCCGCCUUGGGCAACUGGUUGCACGCUCGUUCUGGUCGGCUGCAUGAUGAUUCGUCAAAUUACCCAGAUCAACUGGCGCUAUAUUGGCGAUGUUCUUCCAUCCUUUGUCGUAAUGACUUUCAUUCCCUUCUCGUACAGCGUCGCUUACGGCCUUAUCGCGGGCGUUUUCGUGUACACUGUUCUUAACGGCCUGAUCGCCUUGACUGUCUGGCUGUCUGGGGGUAGAAUCGAGCCCCGCGAGUACGAUGCGAAGGAAUACUGGUCCUGGAGAGGCUCUGGCAAGAAGCCUUGGUUUGUGCGUGCUGUCCGCAACAGCUGCUUCAGCAACGGCGACAACGACAGCAAGCGCCAGUUUAACAUGCAGGACGACCACGAUAGCUCCUACGCUCCGGGUUCGCGCAUGGGUUCAUCGGACCAAAAGGAGGACGGUGUUCACAUGGUGACGAUCCCACAGCGGGCGGGCGUUUUCACCUACCUGCUCGAGAACCUCGGUGUCAAGGGCGUUCAGUUUGAAGAGCUGCUCACGCUCUCUCCUGAUGAGCUAGCGCCGCUGCAGCCAAUCUACGGCAUUAUCUUCCUCUUCCGCUACCCUUCCGAAGGCCUGCCCGCGCGGCCAGCAGACUCCUACGACCGCGAUGCCGCCGAGAGCCUCUUCUUCGCCCAGCAGACGAUCCAGAAUGCCUGCGGCACGCAAGCGCUGCUGAGCGUCGUUCUUAACAAGACCAACGAGGUGGAGAUUGGCGAGAAGCUUGGCGAAUUCCGUGAAUUCACCAUGGUUCUGCCUCCCGAGUUCCGCGGGGAGGCACUCAGCAACUCUGAGCUGAUCCGCGAUGUACACAACAGCUUCGCCAAGAGCAGUCCCUUCGUCGACGAGACGCAAAAGACGGGCGAGGCCGAGGAUGCCUUCCACUUUAUCGCCUACACGCCCAUCAAUGGCAAGCUGUACGAGCUGGAUGGACUGCAGCCUGCGCCUAUCUCGCACGGCGCCUGCACGACCGAAGAGUUUCCAACCAAGGUGACGCAGGUCCUCCAGGACCGCAUGCUUACGUACGCCAGCUCCGAGAUUCGGUUCAACGUGCUGGCCAUGGUACGCGACCCGAGGAUUGCCGCCAAGGAGAUUGGUGAUUCCGAGACCUUGGAGCGAGAAAACGAGAAGCGCCGCAACUGGAGAUUCGAGAACGCUCUGCGUCGACACAACUUUGUUGGCUUCGCUGGCGAGGUCCUGAAAGGUGUUGUCGCGCAGAAGGUUGAGGGCGGCGAUGCGGCAUACGAUGCCUGGAUCAAGGAGGGCCUCGAGCGGAGGAAGAGAGAUGAGGAUGCCGUGAGAUUGAGGCGGAAGAUGGGUGGCGGCGGUGACGACGACGAAGAGAUGAUCGGUUAA